AUACUCCAGGGAGACAUUAUUAAAGAAACCACAACAUGAUAACCAAGUUCCUAAUUAUCGUGUCUAUUGCCGCCCUAGUGUUUUCGGCCAGGAUUCCAGGGCCUGAGCAACGGAUCGUUGGUGGUAAAGUUGUUCCGAUUGAGAAAGCUCCCUAUCAAGUGGCUAUAUUGUGGUACGGCAUACAAUCUUGCGGAGGCGUCAUCUACAGCGAGAGAAUUGUCCUGACUGCAGCUUACUGUAUAGAACCCUCAGAAGUGGAUAACUAUUCAGUGCGCGUUGGGUCUUCCUUUCCGAACUUCGGUGGUCGAGUUGUAAAGGUGAAGAAAGCUACCAUACAUGAGAAAUACGAACAAAUUGUGGAAUUCGAUCCAUACGACAUUGCUGUCCUCCUGUUGGACUGUGCCCUUCAGCUUGGCACACCACAAGUGAAUAAUAUCAACCUGGCUACGAAAAUGCCUGAUAUAGGAACAGAAUGUUUGGUUUCUGGUUGGGGAGACACGGUUUUUGGCUCCAAUUUGGGUGCCCCAGCACUAAGAGGUGUCAAUAUCACUAUCCUGGAACAGUCCGCCUGUUACGAGGCCUACUAUGACAGCCUAUACGUCAGUGAAAAGCAAAUUUGUGCAUCAGCACCAGAAAAGGAUGCGUGUCAUCGUGAUUCUGGCGGACCUUUAGUUUGCUUCCCGGGUCGCGAACUCGUUGGCAUCGUUCAAGGAGGCGUACGUUGCGGGGAGCCUAGUCUGCCAGGAGUUUAUAUAAGUGUAGUCCAUUAUAGGGAUUGGAUUACAUCCACCAUUAGGAGUCUUGAGUGUGAGGAGGGUAUCGAUAGUGUGAGCGAAAUCGAAAAUAUUAUUCAAAUCUUGCCCAAGCAUGAGUUGGGGAACGUAAAUAAUAAUGAAAUUAAGGCUAAGGGUGAAAAUUAUAAUGCAUUUUUCCCUCAAUCUCAAAUAAGAAACAUAACCAAUAAUGAAAUAAGUAUCGUAAAUAAAACUGAAACCAAUCCUAAGCCUGGAUUAGGUAAUGUUAAUAAAAAUGAAAAUAAUAUUCAAAUCUUUCCUACACCUAAAAUAGUAAACGUUAAUAAAAUUUAUAUUCAAGUUGUGGCCAAUCGUAAUCCGGAUAUGAUUAAUGUUAGUAAAAGUGAAAGUAAUGUUGAAAAAAGAAACCUAAAUAAUCAUGAUAUUUUUGUGGAAACUUAUCCUAAGCCAGAAACAGGUAAAGUUAGUAACAAUAAAAAUAAUAAUUUAAUUUUCCCUUUAUCUGAAAUAUCUAACAUAAAUAAAACUAAAGUCCAAGUAGAAGCUAAUCGUAAGCCUAAAAUAAGUAAUGUUAAUUCAAAUGAAAAUAAUAUUACAAUUUUUCCUGCACAUAAAAUCAUUAACAUAAAUAAAAUUGAAAUUAAAAUUGAACUCGUUUCUAAACCUGAAGUAAGCAACGAAAAUAAAACUAAAGUCACCGAUGAAAACGAUACUAAGCCAAAAAAAUGUGAUGUCGAUGAAAAUGAAAAUAAAAUGGAUGAAGUUAUUACACCUGAUACAAAUAAUGAAAAUGAGUAUGAGCCAAUAAGUGAUGAAAAUGUAAAUGAUGAUGAAAAUGUAAUGAAUAACCAACUCGUAUGAGAACUAAUUGUAAUUAUUUUUAAAUGUUAAAUUUAUUGCAUAAAUAUACGAACAUUAAUCUUAAUAA